AUGUCAUUCAAUUCUUCUUCAGGGUCCCUGAACUAUAAUAAUAAUUUCAAAAAGGAUUACCCAAGGCGAGUUCCUGCUCAACACACGCAGCAUCCGCAAGAGCAGAUGUCCUCUUCUUCUUCUUCAUCCAGGCCCAAUUCGUUGUAUAUGGGCGACUUGGAUCCCAGUUGGGACGAAAACGCAAUCCGCAAAAUUUGGGCCUCCUUGGGGGAGCCCAAUGUUCAGGUUAAAAUGAUCAGAAACUUUGGGUCCUUUGGCAAUAGUUCGGGUUACUGUUUUGUAGAAUUCGCGUCUCAUUCCAACGCAUCCCAUGCGCUGCAGAAGGAUGGUUUACUCAUCCCAAACACGGGAAACAAGGUACUCAAACUGAACUGGGCUACUUUCGCAACAACUCCUGGCGCUGAACACUCCAUAUUUGUCGGAGAUCUCGCCCCCAACGUGGCAGAAGCACAGCUUUUUGAACUUUUCAUUUCCAGGUAUGCGUCGACGCUCAAUGCGAAAAUUGUAUUUGAUCAGAUGACAGGCGUGUCCAAGGGCUACGGUUUCGUAAAAUUUGGCCAGGAGUCUGAGCAGCAAAGAGCGCUUAUGGAAAUGCAAGGCACUUUCUUAAACGGAAGAGCAAUUCGUGUCAGCACUACCUCCAAGAACAAAAACAAAUUUUUACAACCUCAGAUUCAGCAAACCCAGCACGUACCACCGCAACAGCAGGUGCAACAAAGCUACUCACAUCAAUUUCAGUCGGCGUCCUCAGGGAACCAGCAAUCAGCAACUGCUCAGUCUCAAUUCAUUUACCCCGUUCAGCAACAACCUGCAGUUACCCAGUACACCGACCCACACAAUACAACGGUUUUCAUUGGUGGGCUGUCUGCUUUGGUGACGGAGGAGGAGCUGCGCGCUUAUUUCCAACCGUUUGGUUCGAUCGUAUACGUUAAGAUUCCCGUUGGUAAAGGAUGCGGUUUCGUGCAAUACGUAGACCGGCUUUCUGCCGAAACCGCAAUUUCCAGAAUGCAAGGUUUCCCCAUUAGUAAUUCGAGAAUUCGGCUUUCUUGGGGGCGCAGUGCUAAACAAGCUGUGCUGAUGCAACAGGCCUUUUCUUCGUCUCAACCCAGUCAGCAGUUGCCUUCGGUAUCCUCUAAUUACCCAUAUGAGGGCCAACCGGCAAUGCCUACUGCCUACGGUUAUUCAAGUACGUGGGACUCUCUCAACGGCAGCUAUAUGCCGUUCUCUUUGUCUUCAGUUAAUUCUGUCGCUGAGGCAAAUGCACCUUCCUCGACAUCGCUUCUCGGCGGUUUGAGCAGUCUAAGUUAUUAUGGCGAACCAACCGAGUCACCCGCGGCUAGCAGCGCUUUCAGUUACUCCCCAGCUCACUUCAACCCUCAAUCAGUGAAUUCAGCAAAUUCCCAAGAUGUUCGUCCGUCAAAUGAUUUAUUGCCUUAUGAAAUUUCCUCGAACCCACAGUUUUUGGUCCAAGGAAAUGACAUUUACGUCAAGGGUAAAUCUGAGACCAUUAGCAGACUGGAAAAGGGAAGUAACGGCUACAUUUUUGCCUGA